UCUUUGGAACGAAAUCGAUAAUCGAUAUGAAUUGUAGUUUAGUGGCGCUUUAGGAAUUCAGGUUUAAUGUCAGGAAAUUGUAGUGUUCUAACGAGUUAUUAGUCCUAAACUUAUAGUUGAAUUUAUAUGCAAGGUAUUUUUGUGUAAUUUUUUAUUAUUGUGUUGUAAUGUCUUUCAUAACUUGUGAGCUUAGACUUUUUUUUUUACAUUUAAAUUGCUGCACACAAAGUCUUCUGCAUAUAUAAAACACCGUUAUGAGAGGUAAAAUUCAUUAAAAUAAUUGUAGUCGCCAGACUUUCCCUGCUGGAGAUACUUGUGGUCCGUGGAUGUUAGAGCUAAGCAAUCGACUUGCAGCUUGACAAUGUCAGAAGGUUCUGGAGACGAGAGUCAGCAACAGACGCCAAAGAAAUUCUCUGUCGAUCGUGCAAAGUCGGGGCGUGCAGUUUGUAAGAAAUGCAAGCAGAAAAUUGAAGCCGGAGUCCUUCGGCUUGCCAAAAUGGGCUACAACCCUUACGGGCCGGGACCACUGAAGUUGUGGCACCACGUGGACUGCAUGUUCGAAGUGUUCUCCAAACAGAGACCGACGACGGCCAAGAUCGAGACGCCAGACGACAUGGACGGCUGGAGUGAUUUAGAAAGAGAGGACCAAGAGGAGAUGCUGAAGAAGUUACCGAACUGCAAAGAUUGGACACCAAAACCAAAGACACCAUCUAAAGACGACUCUGCAAAACCGAAAUCAACAAAGACACCUAAAGACAAAAAUAAGCCAAAGAAGGAUUCACCUCCUCCAGCAAAGGAGGCCAACAAAGAUGACUCUUUCAGGGAGUUCAGGCGAUUGUGUGCUGCUUUGUCCGACACGGACAGUUACACUGGGAAGACAGCACACGUCAGGGAUUUCUUCACCAAGGGAACGGAUGGCACCAGCUUCAAAGGAGAUCUACAUUUAUGGUGUCGUCUUUUGCUGCCGGGCGUUAUAAAGCGUGUCUACAACCUGCAAAGCAAACAGCUCAUCAAGUUGUUUAGUAAGAUCUUUCACACUGACCAUGAUGACAUGUUGGAAGACUUGGAGCAAGGAGAUGUAGCAGAGACAGUGAGAGUCUUCUUUGAGAGGAGUCAACAUCUGCAUCCUGCCAAGAAGAGCACACUCUCCUUGCAAGAUGUUGAUAAGUUCUUGGAAGAACUGUCUGGCAUAACCAAGGAGGAUGAACAGAUUCACCAUUUCAAACAAAUGGCAGAAAUGUGCACAUCGAAUGAUCUGAAGAUGAUUAUCCGAUUAGUCAAGCACGACCUCCGCAUUAAUGCUGGACCUAAGCAUAUUUUGGAGGCUGUGCACCCAGAUGCAUACCAAGCAUUCCAGAUGUCUCGAGAUUUAGAUGCUGUUCUCUCAAAAGCUGUAGUCAGAACAGCAGAUGGACAUAGUUCCCCUACAAAGAAGACUGCUCUCAAAAUAACAGCCUCACUGAUGACACCUGUUCUUCCCAUGCUGGCUGAGGCCUGUAAGUCUGUCGAAUAUGCAAUGAAGAAAUGCCCAAAUGGAAUGUAUUCAGAAAUUAAAUAUGAUGGUGAGCGGGUCCAGGUUCAUAAGAAGGGUAGUGAAUUCAAAUACUUCUCACGGAGUCUUAAGCCAGUUUUGCCACAUAAGGUGAACAUGUUUAGAGACUACAUUCCUCAAGCAUUCCCAUAUGGUACAGAUCUCAUUCUAGACAGUGAAGUGCUUUUGGUGGAUGUGAAAACUGGAAAACCACUGCCUUUUGGGAGUCUGGGGGUACAUAAGAAAAACUCCUUUGAGGAUGCAAAUGUAUGCCUAUUUGUCUUUGACUGCAUCUACUAUAAUGGUGAAGUACUUCUUGAAAAGCCAGUGAAAGAAAGAAGAAGAAUACUGGAGCAAAAUAUGAAAGAAGUUCCAAAUCGCAUAAUGUUUUCUGAAAUUAAAGAAAUACAUGACCCAAAGGACUUGGAAAAUAUGAUCACAAAAGUUUUGAAACUUGGACUAGAAGGGCUGGUGCUUAAGGAUUUAAUGAGUACAUACGAACCAGGUAAGAGACAUUGGUUGAAAGUGAAGAAGGAUUAUUUAUAUGGAGGAGCAAUGGCCGACAGUGCAGAUCUUGUAGUGCUUGGGGCUUGGUUUGGAACUGGACAGAAGGGUGGCAUGAUGUCUGUGUUUUUGAUGGGCUGCUACAAUCCUACUAACCAGAAGUGGUGCACAGUUACGAAGGUUCAUACUGGCCAUGAUGACAAAACACUGGAGAGAUUACAAAAAGAACUUGUCAUGAUUAAAAUCAGCAAAGAAGCUUCUAAAGUGCCUGACUGGCUCUGUUGUACGAAGACGAUGAUUCCCGAUUUUGUAGCCCAAGAUCCAAAGGCAAUGCCAGUGUGGGAAAUCACAGGUGCUGAAUUUACACAACAUGAAGUUCACACAGCUUCUGGGAUCUCUAUCCGAUUUCCACGAGUAACCAGAAUUCGUGAUGAUAAAACAUGGAAAACUGCUACUUCACUUCCUGAGCUGAAGGAUUUAUUUAAGAAAUCUAAGGAAAAUUGUGAUGUUUCCUUACCAUCUACUUCUGGUGUUAAAGAUGUACAUAAGGCUUCAGACACUGAAUCUGACAAUUCAUCUACAUCAAGCCCUAAGAAAAAAUUUGCUUCUUCAGAGACUUCAAAGGGUUUAUCCAAAUCAGUCAGAGAUCCAGCAGUAAGUGGUAAACGCAAACCGGAAGUGACCAGUAAAGAGAGUGAUAAAUCAACUUCCAGUAGUAACAAUGAAGGAACUGAGAAUGAUGCUGAAGAAUCACCUGCAAAGAGAAGAAAGAAGGAACAUGUACAUGACAUCAUCAAGAAGCCUCUGCCAGAUGUGUUUGUAGGUGUCAAAUUGGUUCUGCCACCUUCAGUCAUUGAAGAUCGCAGUGAACUGGAACGAUAUUUCAUAGCAUAUGGUGGAGAAUUGCUGGACACAUCACAGAAGGAGGACUCAACCCACAUUAUCCAUGUUGGUGAUGUAACAGAUGGGAAUGAAGAGGCCCGUCACGUGACCUUGCGGUGGCUGUGGGAUUCCAUCAAGCUGCAGGCCCUGCAGGAAACUCGCCGCUACGCCGUCCCUUUCUCUGGAGCGGGGAAUCCCUGAAACACGAGCGGAGUGAACCUCCCGCCUGGUGCGCUUCUGCCCAUCAACACUUGCUCAGACGCUCUGCUUGUGAAUGGCCACUGUGCUCAGCGUUUGAAGAAAGAAGAAGAAGGCAGUACGGCCUUUUCAGCACAAACUUAGAAGUUACUUUCAUUUCAUGAACAAUUACAAAUACAUGUAUGAUUUUGUAGGUAUAUUUCCUUCCAGGUGUAAAGAUGUUGAAAAAAUGGGAAAUGUAUUAAUUUGUUGGUAAAUGAAAUGUAAGAAGUUCUGUAAAAUACAUAAUUUAUUGAACGAAUAAUUUAUUAGCGGUAAUUAUUUAAGCCAUUGUUACAUGUUCUCUUACAGCGAGGAUUGUGACAGUGGAGGGAACAAUGAAAUGUGUGAAGAUGUUGAGUAGGAAAUACAGUGAGCCACGUCAGAGUGCAUCUAACUUCAUGUACGUGUUUUUAUUUUUAAGGAUUACUAACAAAAUGUGUAAUUUUAAUUUUCAUCACAGCUCGUUUUUGUGCAAAGUUUAUGGCUGCGCUAAUAUUAAUGCGAAGGCGUGACUAAAAUACAAAUGUAUUUAACAAGAUAAGCGUUCCCACUUUCGUGACGUAACCUAUUUCGUGGGAGGGCCCUCAUCAAUAAAUUAAUAGGCAUGUAUUUCACAGCUCUCCAUGCAUGUCUGCAACCUCGUAAUUAUAUCAUCUGUGGACUCCUGCCAAAAAGUGUCACAGCACACUUAAUUUUGUGGCCAAUUUAGAAUUUCUUACCAAGAAACAGGUUACAUCACCAGAUUGCUUAGUUUUGUCCUAUAGUUAAUCCACCCCAACUUUAAGAAUAGUUAUAAGUCGGGCCUGAUUACUAUACAGUGUGAAAAGAAAAUCUUCAUUUUAACGCCUAGUUUUUACAUUGUCUUCCCACGAGAUCAGCAGCUGGGAAGAAUUUUAAGUGCUGAUGGUGGAAGGGGGGAUCUUAAGUAUUGAACCCCAAAUUCCCUGAUAUAAGAACUGUUGAUGUAGUUAUUAAAGUAAUAUUCAUAAAGGAGCAUUCACGUAAACAUUGGGAUUUUCAGUUCUUUGAAGGUUAGUAUUUGAUAAUUCGUUUUCAGAACGAAAUUCAAUUUAAUUCUGCCCCUAGAUGUCAUAUUUCCAUUCCCGGAACUGUUUACAGUAAGACGUAGAGACAAACUUUGCGAUUUGAUCCCGUGUGGAGCAAGUUCCAAGAGAGGAACAUGUUGCACUUGCACGUGACGUCAACACAACCUUGUGUACAAUUGUUGUUGUAUGCGUUAACCUGUACCGUGUUCGACAUUCGAGGAGUUUCAGCCUCCCCAUUCCGCCCCUCAACGUUCAAAAGGGGAUUAGUAUUAAUUAAAAAGCCACGGAACAGAAAAACAAAUCAUUUCUACAGUACUUGCCCGAGAAGACAUUAGAACGUCAACCCGCGCUAUAGAAUUAACCGAUACAUUAUUAGUCACUUAGAGGUCACAACCUAAGAGCUCCGGAAAUGGUUACUGACUGACAAGCCGCACGCUGUAAUAAUGACUUGUGUGGUAUGAUACAAUAAUUUUAUUGUUCUUAUAGUAAUUUUGUAAAGGUUCUCCAAUUUUACACGCAAGCCCUUUAUAUUUAAAUACGACAAGAGACCCAUUAACUUACUGGCCAAUAUUUCAAAUGUAAGAAGUGGUGGAAAUUUCGCCAGAAUGAUUGCUCUUACAGCCUGAUCAUGACCAA